AAAGAAGGUAAUGAACUGAAGAGUGAAAUGAAUAUUGUGAAUUCCAAGAUGGACACUUUAAUGGAACAUGUCUUAGGCACAAAGGGAAAGAAUGUCCAGCCUUCUGUUGAACCGGUAAAUGGAUCAUCAACAAGCAAGUCGUCUGUGGGCACUUCGUCUGUUUCACCUACCUAUGUUCCAUCAACAUCUUCUGGGAGCUGCGAACUAAGAAAUAUGAACUUCGAAGUAGUUGCUAUCGCAACCAUAGUUACUGAUGACACAAAGGGUAUUUUCCAUGGUUAUAAGUUAGAUGUAGAGCGCGAAGCAAAAGUUAUUCUAAUCAAGAUUGUGAUGCCUAAUACACCAAUUUACAAGUCUGGGAAACAAGAUGGUGCUAAUAUAUUCGAGGAUGUGAUGGAAGGUGGAUACUUGGUGUGGCCAAAAUCGUUGAUUAUAUACGAAUGUCGAUCUUAAGUGCUUCACUAAAGUUUAUGAAUUCUAAGUGGUUAAUUUCUUAGUGCUGUAGUUAUCGUUAUAUUUUUCAGACUAAAAGGCACUUGAGCCUU